UGCCAUUUACAUCUCAAAGUAACAUUAGUUAGUCUGUUGUUAUUUUUAGUUGGGCAGAGAGUUUCGAAAAUGAUAAUGUUAGGCUUAGGCGUUGAGUCAUUAAUGUAAGAAGCAGCAGCAGCAGCAGUUAUUGUUCCGGUUGGCCUGGCGCUGAGGGUAGCUGUAAGCCGGCCCUCUCCCUCCCUUUUUCUUUUUGGUUAAGUUAAUCACGAACAUGACUUGAAAAUGCAAGGAAGGCUCUUUUGCUUUAUUUCAAUAGGGAAGGGAAUCUUCGGGGACACGGACGCGGUUCUCUGCCUUUCACGUUCUUCAACUGACUGAUGGUUUAUUCUUUCGUGAAUUAGACAUGAUGCAAUUAAAUUCUGGUUAUGGAGAUGAUAUGCAAGUGCCUGCUUGGACAGGAUUCAUGCUUUUGCUGUUUGUAUGUUUGGUGGUCAAAUUUGACUCACCCACUGACUGCUGUGCUUGCUUGCAUGCAUGCAUGCAUGACAUACACACACGUCGAACUGACAUGAAUGAAAAAGUGGCCGCGUUUUGGCUCAUCGUCACAAGCAUAGUUAGUUAGUCAGAAGAGCCACGAAUGGCUCAUAGUUCCCCCGCAAGCAACAAUCAACCAGCGCUAAUGCUGCUGAUCUCCUCCUCCUCCUCUUUUCCUGAUGUCCAGACGACCUAAAAGGGAAGUAAUUCCUAAACUUAUCCAUCCCUUCUUUCUUUUAUUUAACGCCAGGAAAAUGAGUGAUUUAGAUGCCUGCCUGCCUGCAUCAAAUCUAUUAUUAAUAGUAAGUCAAUAGUAAUUCGAGGACCUGAAGCAUGCGUGAGAGCCGUACAUCGUAUGAGAAGAUACAAACCCCAGUUCAAUUGUGACAAAUUGCUCAACAAGAAAUUAAAGAAAUAUGACUCUUUUCUGAUUUCAUUCAUCAUUUCAUUAGGGAGGUUUAUGAUUGAUGUUCAAACAAAUGCCAUUUAUUUAAUUAAUUAAUUAAUCCUCCCUUUGCAUUUCCCCUCUCUAACUACUAUUGAUUGAUUAAUGUUUUGUUUGUUUGCUUGUUUGUAAUAAUAAUUGACGUACUUGGAUUUGAAAAUAUACCAAUUAACCACCCCUGAAGAAAAAGUAUUUUCGGGUGCCAUUCGUUUUACCAGUUUGUUUAUAUAAUGGGCGGCUGUUGUUCAUGUCGUACGGCUACCAGCAGCUUUGUGGAUUACCACCAUGCUCAUGGAAAAGAAGAUGGAGAAGGAGAUGCUGCUGAUCAUGAUAUUGAUAUCGUACUCAAAGAACGUGCAGGCGCGCGCGUCCUGCUCCAAGGUUCCUCCAAACAUGUAUCUAUGUUCACCAAACAAGGGAAAAAAAGCGUCAAUCAAGAUGCCAUGACCGUUUGGGAGAACUUUUUAGGCGACAAAGACAUGUUCUUCGGCGCUGUGUUUGAUGGGCAUGGGUCGUCCGGCCAUAAAGUGGCGCGCUACAUUCGUGAUUUUUUGCCCGCAAAGCUGUAUUUGCUGCUGAAUAAAAGCACAUACGGAGAUGGAAAGGAUGCAGAUGUGCUUGACAUGGACAUGGAAACCACACCCGAUGAUGACGAUGAUGAUGAUAAUGAUGCUGACCAUAAUCCCUUGUUCUUGUCGUGGAAGGCUAGAUUGACCAGGUGCUUCAAAGAGAUGGACCAACAGCUUGAAAGGGAGAAAUCAAUCGAGAGCUAUUGCAGUGGUUCAACUACAGUUUGCCUACUUAAAAAGCACGAGCACUUGGUGAUUGCAAAUUUAGGGGAUUCUCGUGCUGUUCUCUGCACGAGGGAUGAAAAUGACAGGCUUGUUUCAAAACAGCUCACUGUUGAUCUCAAACCGAGCGUCUCAAGUGAGGCGGAGAGAAUAAAAAGUUGCAGCGGCAGAGUGUUGGCGGUGUACGAGGAACCAAAUGUGUUCAGGGUUUGGAUGCCUCACGAAGACUGCCCUGGUUUGGCAAUGACGAGGGCUUUCGGGGAUUUUUGUUUGAAGGACUUUGGCGUCAUCUCAACCCCGCAAGUUACCUACAGAAAGCUUACAGACAAGGAUGAAUUCAUUGUCUUGGCGACGGACGGGAUAUGGGAUGCUCUAUCCAACAAUAAAGUGGUAAAGAUCGUGGCGUCGGCGAGAAACAGAUCCAUGGCAGCUCAACUGGUGGUGGACAAAGCCGUGAGGGCCUGGAGGUACAGAUACCCGCGUGCCAGGGUGGAUGAUUGCUCCGCUGUCUGCUUCUUCUUCAACCGCGACACCACUCCUCGCCACCACCCCCCAAUCCUCCUCAAAAAAUCCUGCUCCCAAGCCGCCCUCAACCCCGACCCCCAACCCCACAAGAUGCACGUUCUUGGCACCAGGAGCCACCACGCCCUCGACACGCUUUUCGAACUUCAAAACGACUCAAAUCCCUGAUUCAUUGUUUAGGUUUAAUUAUUUGCAGGAAGAAUGUAAGGUCUGAUUAUUACUAGUAUUAUUAUUAUGAUAAGCGAUUGACGAAGACGAAACUUCAGUCUUGACGACGACUCGGUAGAUAUUGAAGGGGAGCAACUAUAUGCUACACUAGUUCAUUGUUUCUGAAUUUAUUUGCUGGGAUUUUUAUCAGGUACACAAAGAUAAACUAAGCAACACUAGAAACUGGCAAGUAAAUUAGUGCUCCUACAAAUAAUAAGUAUAUAAUUUUCUCAGU